AUGGUCUUGCCGUGCGAUGCCAAACAUUUACCGCAUAUUCUAAUUUUAAUAGUUAAAGCUGUUAAAAGAAGCACAAGUGGGUACGAGGUGUGGGGAGGAGACUCUGCUGGAAGUGUCCACCCGUUCUGGUCACUGCCGUUUGCUCUAAUUUUAAUACUCGUACCCAUGCAUCCCUACAGGGCUGGUUUAGGCGCUUCCAAGUCUGAACCGUACGUGGUCAGGGGCGGCAACGAAGCGGAAGACGAUGAUAGUGGUGCUCCAGAAUUCCUGAGCGAUGUUAACGGGGCAGAGUUUGACGACCUCGAACCGUCAGCGUACAAAUUCCCACGGGAGAGAACGAUUGUGUCCCUGCAGAGCUCCAAUCUCAGCAGUGCUGCGGUUCCCGAGGGUAAAACCAGUUUUAGCAGUGAGGACAUAGCAGGUGGAUUGCGGGGACGUACCAGCCACGAGCAGUCGCCUGAUGCGGGUCCACAGGAAAGGCCAUACUUGGAGUCACAGUCCUCUGGGUCCGCCGCUCAAUUAUCAAGGAAUAGAAGAGACAGGACCAAAACGAAAUCUGUGGAUCUCUCACACCUGUAUCUGUGCAACAAUAGUUGUGACACACAGCUGACCUCCACCAACGAGGCUGUGGCAGAUAUAUCCCAUCAAUUGAUUACACAGUACUUGGGGGAAGCAAACACCUCAUCGUUGGUCCCGCGACUGAAGACGAUAGAGAUGUACAGGGAAAACGUGAAGAAGUCAAAGGACCCGAUGAUCCUGUUUGAGUUUGCACAGUACAUGCUGCAGACAGCAUUGACGAUGGGCUCAUUUGACACCGAUGAUGAGAAGAAUUCGGAGGAAGCAGGGUUGAAGAAGCAGUUUUUGAAAGAGGCACAACACUACUUGAAGAAGUUGAGUUUGAAGGGUUAUUCGGAUGCCCAGUACUUACUUGCGGACGUUUACGCAUCAGGAGUAUUGGGGAAAGUCAAUCACAAGGAAUCUUUCAAACUUUUCCAAGCUGCUGCAAAGCACGGUCACAUAGAAAGCGCUUAUAGAACUUCACAUUGCUAUGAGGAAGGUAUUGGUACGAUAAGAGACGCCAGAAAGGCGCUCAACUUUUUGAAAUUUGCUGCAUCGAGAAACCACCCAUCCGCUAUGUUUAAGCUGGGGUUGUAUUCAUUUUACGGCAGGAUGGGGCUCUCUGAAGACGUAAUGACGAAACAGAACGGUAUCAAAUGGUUAUCGAGAGCAGCCGCCAGAGCAAACGAUCUAACUAACGCAGCACCGUUUGAGUUAGCCAAGAUUUACGAAGCAGGGUUUAUUGAUAUUGUCAUCCCAGACCAAAAGUACGCCAUGGAGUUGUACAUCCAGGCGGCUACCCUCGGUAACGUCGAUUCGAUGACCAUUCUGGGCCAAACGUACGAGACUGGGAACUCUGUCGUUCCUCAAGACGUUGGGCUCUCUAUCCAUUACUAUACACAAGCUGCAUUGAAGGGUGACCCUGUUGCUAUGUUGGGGUUAUGCGCGUGGUACCUUCUAGGUGCAGAGCCUGUCCUUGAAAAGGAUAUAUUUGAGGCCUUUCAAUGGGCUCAGAAGGCCGCCAUCAUUGGCUAUCCGAAGGCGCAGUUCACACUAGGUUAUUUCUACGAGAAUGGGAAAGGAUGUGAACCUGACAGUGGCAUGUCCAGGAAAUGGUAUGAGAAGGCGGCCAUGAAUAACUAUGAAAGAGCAAAGGAUAAACUUAACUCGUUGCGGUUUGCAGAAAAUCCAGAUACAGCAUCAGGUGAUCAAGAGAACACUACUAUCAAGAAACACAACAAGAACAGGUUUAGUGUGACCACGCUAAAUCUGUUCGGUAAGAACAAGUUUGAAACCCUUGAAGACAAUUCCAACUACGAAACGGGUGAAUCGCAGAAUACGCAUGCAGCGUUUGAGGAUUCGGCUGGCUAUGACACUUCACACGAGUCCCCACAUCAUUCUCGAUCGUCAAUAAAUCACAUGUCGUCUGGCGCUGAAGACUCAUUGGGUAGUGAUGAACCAGAUUCGGUGGUUGAACGUCCUAUGGAUGCAAGCAACACUGGGGGAUCUGUCCCACAAGUCUCCCAAUCGUCCCCCAAACUGGCUGAUAAAGACGACUAUAUAAUUGGUGCUGCCACAGGAACAAGUGUCACAAAUGCCCCCGGACCAUCUCGAGCACCCACCAAUUCGUUUAAGUUCUCCAGUUCAGCAGAUCCUCCUGAUUAUUUGAAACAGAGAAAAGUCAAGACCAAACGGAAAGACGGACCAGCUAAAGCAGGAGGGAAGACAAAGAAAAACUGUGUCAUUAUGUAA